UAUAACACAUGCAUGAUGCAUUUACUUGUAUAUAUAUAUAUACCAACUUAACCUCUAUUGAGGUACGCAGAUACUUGUGACUUAUUGGAUCUAACUCCAUCUGGAAUUACUUGAAUGGGGCAUGUUCAAAGACUUAACGUAUCUCAAAACUGACAUUCAGCUUUUUUUUUUAUACUAUUUAUGAAGUCGUUGUAUUCAUACCCUAAUCCCUCCACAUGCAUGUAAUUAAGUAAUCUGCAAAAUUUUAGAGAGGAUCCGACAAGCGAUGAAUUUUAAAACAUUUCCAUGUUUUUUUUUUGUGUGGGUCAAAUCACAUUUGCGUUUACCUAAACAACUCAAUCAACUUUUUUCUUCUACUCUUCUUUCUUUCAUUCAUUCAUUCCCAAUAAAAAGAAAAACAAACAACCAUUUUAACUCUUCCACCACUUCUUCUUCUUCGCUUUCAAGUGUGUAUUAGCAACCAUGAUUACUGGUAAGGACAUAUACGAUGUUCUUGCAGCGAUUGUGCCACUAUAUGUUGCUAUGUUUCUAGCAUAUGGAUCGGUCCGGUGGUGGAAAAUCUUUACGCCCGAUCAAUGCUCUGGCAUUAACCGUUUCGUGGCUGUUUUCGCCGUUCCUUUACUUUCUUUCCAUUUCAUCUCCUCCAAUGAUCCUUACGCCAUGAAUUACCGCUUCAUUGCUGCUGAUUCCCUCCAAAAGCUAGUUGUUCUUGUUGCUUUGUUUCUCUGGAACGCUCUGAGCAAACGCGGGAAUCUUGAGUGGGUGAUCACUCUUUUUUCCCUCUCAACACUCCCAAACACUCUUGUGAUGGGAAUCCCUCUUUUGAAAGCAAUGUAUGGCGAUUUCUCUGGUAGUCUAAUGGUUCAAAUUGUGGUUCUUCAGAGUGUGAUUUGGUACACUCUCAUGCUCUUCUUGUUCGAAUACAGAGGAGCUAUGUUACUUAUCACUGAACAAUUCCCUGAGACAGCCGGUUCCAUCACUUCCUUUCGAGUUGAUUCUGAUGUUGUAUCAUUGAACGGACGCGAGCCUUUGCAGGCGGAUGCUGAGAUUGGCGACGAUGGGAAGCUCCAUGUGGUGGUGAGAAGAUCAACUGCAUCAUCAAUGGUGUCUUCAUUUAAUAAGUCUCAUAUGACUUCACUGACACCAAGAGCAUCGAAUCUCACUGGCGUGGAGAUCUAUUCGGUUCAAUCUUCGCGAGAACCAACACCGAGAGCUUCCAGCUUUAACCAGAAUGACUUUUACGCCAUGUUCAGCAAGGCACCAAGUCCAAAACAUGGAUACACAAAUAGCUUUCAAGGCGGUGGUGGUGGUGAUGUUUAUUCAUUACAAUCAUCAAAAGGACCAACGCCAAGGACUUCAAAUUUUGAUGAGGAAAUGUUGAAGGUUGGAAAGAGAAGGGGAGGGAGGAGUAUGAGUGGAGAGUUAUUCAAUGGUGGUGGUGGUGGUAACAAUUUUAUUUCUUCAUAUCACCCUCCGAAUCCAUUUUUCACUGGUGGGUCUACCAGUGGUGGUGGUGGUGGAAUACCCAAGAAGAAGAAAGAAAAUGGUGGUUCAUUGCCUCCUAACAAGGAGCUUCACAUGUUUGUGUGGAGUUCAAGUGCUUCACCAGUCUCCGAAGGGAAUCCGAAACACACAGCUAAUAGAGCUUCGUCCAAUGAUUUUAGUGUCACUGAUCCCUCCAAACCUGAAAAUGCUGCUUCAAAAGCAAUGAGUGAGUUGAUUCAAAAGAUGAGCCCUGGAAGGAAAGUGAAGGAGGUGGACACAGAGGAGGGAUUGAAAUCUCAAGCCAAGAACAAUGGGUCUCCCUAUGGUAAGAAGGUGGUGGACAUGGAAGAAGAUAGAUCAAAGAAGGCCCAAAUGCCUCCUGCAAGUGUGAUGACUAGGCUUAUACUUAUCAUGGUUUGGAGGAAACUCAUAAGAAAUCCCAACACUUAUUCAAGCCUUUUGGGUCUCAUUUGGUCUUUUGUAUCUUUCAGAUGGAACAUUGAAAUGCCAAAAAUUGUACGUGGGUCAAUAUCCAUACUAUCAGAUGCAGGUUUGGGAAUGGCCAUGUUCAGUCUAGGUUUGUUCAUGGCAUUGCAACCAAAGAUCAUAGCAUCUGGAAAAUCAGUGGCAAUGUUUUCAAUGGCAGUCAGGUUCUUGACAGGGCCAGCAGUGAUUGCAGCAACUUCCAUUGCAGUUGGACUCCGUGGUGUUCUCCUACAUGUUGCAAUUGUUCAAGCUGCUCUUCCACAAGGGAUUGUUCCUUUUGUAUUUGCAAAGGAGUACAAUGUUCAUGCUGACAUACUUAGCACCGCGGUUAUUUUUGGAAUGUUGGUUGCCUUGCCCGUUACCAUCAUGUACUAUGUCCUGCUGGGUCUAUAACUAUAAGAUUACUACUAUUGAAGGAAAUGAAGAGGAAACAAACUCCUACGCUAACUUCCAACUCAUGAGGCUAAUUUGGUGCCUGGUGGAUCCAUAUCUAUAUAUUAUCUUGUAUGUGGUGCUGCUGAAGGGAACAUGCAUCUUACAUUUGAUUAGGUGGAUCUAAUGUUGUUAUUAAGUAAUGUAUUUGCCUUUGGAAAUAGUGCUUAACAUGAAAAUUUGUGCCAUUUAGCAUGUGAGUUACUUGUGGGUUUGAAUAUACCUUAUUCCUUAAAUUA